CACUCAUUGUUUACCACUGAAGCCGGAGGGUGGCAUACCGGAAAAGGUUCAUGCAAGCCGCCGCAUGACUAUACUAGUGCGUGUCUGAGAGCGGACGGGAAUUUCCACACUUUCAUCAGAAGUAAAAUAAAAAUUGGGGUGACACUCGCGGCUGUUAUCUGCCUAAAAUGGACCCAAACACGUUUCUCUACAAUGUCCCCCCGUUCGUCAUUUUAAGAUUUUGUGAAAUCAUGGACACGGGAUGUCACCGCUAUGGAUGGCGCGGACUAGCUGCCCGCAUCGUCCCGAGCUUCACGGAGAUCCGCAUGUACGAGCGCAUGGAGGCAGGGGGUCGCAGUCCGACAAAGGAACUGCUAUGGUGUUGGGCCCAGCAGAACCCGCGAGUGCAGGACCUGCUGGAAGUCCUGCAGGACAUGGGUCACUACAGGGCCAUGCAGCUCUUUCAGGACCAGUGUUAUGCAGUCAAAGGUACUGUAAAUGCUGCUUCCAAGUUUCCUGCACCCGGGCGAUACAUCAGUCAAGUAAUAAGCACAGAUGCGACACCUUUGCCCCUCAGUGAUAAAUGCGAACUCACAGGACAUAAUAAGAGGGAGGCCAUCGGGUUUGAGACGAGUCAUUCUAAUGAUACAAUGAGUCCGAGAGAACCGCAGCCACAAAUCAGUUUACAGAACAUUGUGGCGGGAACCAGAGAUUUUAACAAGGAAAUGAGAAUUUCGGAAGGCAGCUUCUCUGACGUCUACCUGGCACGGAUUGGAGGCGACAUAUUCGCGGUGAAGCUUUUCAAACAGGUAAAGAACGUAUCCUGGAAGAAGCUGUGGGACGUGUUUCGAAAGGAAAUGGAAACUCAUCGAUUGUGCCGACAUCCAAACAUUUUAGAGUCGUUGGGCUGCUUCUCCGAUGAGACGCGUUACUGUCUGGUCUAUCCUUACAUGUCAAAGGGGUCGCUCUUCCACAGACUCCAUCAUCAGAACAGUGGGCCCCCCUUGUCCUGGCAAGAACGUCUCGACGUCAUCAACGGGAUCGCCAAGGCCUUACAUCACCUCCAUACGGCCCAACCAUGCGCAGUCAUCUGUGGGAAUCUUUCCAGUUCCAACAUACUCCUGGAUGACGCCAUGCAAGCCAAGCUGUCCGAUUUCGGCUUGGCCCGACUACGUCCUCAUUCGGCCAACCGUCUUUCCACCAUCACCUUGGGUGCGGGUUCCCACGGCAACUCGGCGUACCUCCCCGAGGAGUACCUCCGAAAUGGCAAACUCUCCGCCGCUUUGGAUGUUUUCAGCUUCGGAAUGGUCGUCAUGGAAACGGUGACAGGACGCAAGGUCGUCGCGGAGAUGCCGAAACGUACGCUGCUGCGCGAUUUGCUCACCUCCGAAGCGGAAGACGGCGGCGGGGUGGACUCUUGCCUGCAGUUUUUGGAUGCGUCUGCCGGUCGAUGGCCGACGUCUUUGGCGCGCAGUCUGCUGGAUCUUUCCUUGCAAUGCGUCGCCAGUCACCCCAGCAGGCCCAGCAUGGAGAACGUUCUUCAGACAUUGGGUCAGUUGCUUCCACCACCCAGCUACUUGUCUUUGGAUCGCCCUCACAGUCUGGAUGACGGCGCCCCGAUCGGCAUCCAGCACAACCCGCCGCCCAGCAUCCCCGUCGAGCACGACGAACAGCGCAGCCUCCCCGGCUCGCCGAAUCAGGCGCGGCCCUGCGAGUGCAGCCAGUCGGAGGUGACGUACAUAAGCGCCACCGAGAUUGAGGAUGUCGAAAACAAAGGAGAAGGAAAUCCGUCGGACGGAAGUUGGCCGGUACAAUGCAGCUGCCAAGCUGAAACAGGUCUGUCCUGUGAGGACUGCAGGGCGAAUGGUUUUAGCAGUAUGAACUCGGAGUUAGCUAAGUAGCCGGCCUUUGUUUUUCUUUUUAAUGUUGUACGGUACGAGAUAAGCUCUUAAAAGUUUUUUUGUGUUUUUUUUCUGAACACAAUUUUAGAUGAAGCUAUUUUUUGUUGUGGUAAAGUAUAGAAUUUCAUGUACCUCAUAUCAUCAAAUAGUGGCCUCGUGAUUCACUGAUGCUUGAACAAAUACAUGCCCCCCCCCCCCUUUGAGUAAACACAGGUCGCCACUAAAUAAAUAACUAAAUAAACAACCCUCGUAAAUGUUUGAAAAAUAUGGUGUCCACCACCCCUCUACAACAUUUCCGGAAAAUUGGUUCUGUGUAUAUAUAUGUUUUGCAGAUGCAAAAUGUAUGUUUAUAACUCUAACACACAUAAACACUAUGAAUAAAACUCAAGCUGUGA